CUCAAAAUAUAUUCAAGGGAUCACAUUGAACCAAACCCAAACAUAAAAGACCAUUUUUGUCAAUUUGAAAAGAUCUGGAACUCCAUUUCGGACCGACCCCAAUUCUCAGAUCUCCAGUCGCCCAAAAUCUCUGCAACUUUCCAAGCUUUAGCUUUUUGCUCUUUCUUUUUCCAGCAAUUGCAAAAGAACCAAGGCAUCAAAGAAAAUGGCCAACAAGGUCUCCAAUUUCUCCGAUCUAAUCCAACGUGUCACUGCUUCUUGCUUGCUUCAUCCACUUUCCUCUGGCCGUAUUGACGGCAAUAUCUCCGAUGCUCGUUAUAGCGAUGAAUCUGAAGAUGACAAGUACAGUACCGAAGACGAAGAAGAAAAAGAAGACCCACCUUAUGUGGAGACUCGGGAAAAAUUCCAGAAUGUUGAGGUCACAAAGGAGGAGAUAAGAACUGAGAAAGUAACUGAAAUGGAGAUGCUUUUAGGGGAAGUUUUUGACGCGGUGUCGGCAGUGAAGACGGCUUACGUUAGUCUACAGGAGGCGCAUUGUCCUUGGGAUCAGGAUAAAAUGCGUGUGGCUGACGUGGCUGUGAUAUCUGAACUGCGGAGGCUUGGGGUGUUGAGGGAACGAUUUCGAAGGAAUGUUGGUGGUGGAAUUAGAAAAGGGGACUGGAGAGUUGGCGCCGCUACGCUGAGAGAAGUGGUGGCACCAUAUGAAGCCACCGUGGAGGAACUGAGGCAAGAAGUGAAGGCCAAAGAAAUCGAGAUUGAUAAUUUGAGGGAGAAGCUGAAAACAGCAACAAGUCUUAGCAGCAGUGGUGGAAAGAAAAGCAAGUCAAAACGAAAAGUUAGCGGUAGCAGUCAAGCUCCAGUUACAAUGUCGCCGGCACCUGACGUAUUCGAAACUACAGUGAGCUUAGUAAAAGAAGCUUCAAAAUCCUUCACGAGUUUGCUCCUCUCUUUGAUGCGCUCUGCUCACUGGGACAUUGCAGCGGCGGUGAGAUCCAUCGAAGCUGCUUCAUCCAACACAAACACACCCACGGCAGAUUCUAUCGUUGGAGCCAACCAUGCCAAAUACGCACUGGAAUCUUAUGUGAACCGCAAAAUGUUCCAAGGAUUCGAUCACGAGACGUUCUACAUGGAUGGAAGCUUAUCAUCACUAAUCCACCCAGAUCAACACCGGCGCGAUUGUUUUACACAGUACAGGGACAUGAAAGCAAUGGACCCAAUGGAACUUCUGGGAAUUCUCCCCACUUGCAGUUUCGGGAACUUCUGUUUCAAGAAGUAUUUGGCCAUUGUGCACCCAAAAAUGGAGGAGUCUCUGUUUGGUGAUUUGGAGCAGCGGCGACAGGUGUUGGCUGGGAACCAUCCGAGGAGUCAGUUUUAUGGGGAGUUUCUUGGGCUAGCAAAGGCCGUUUGGCUGCUGCAUUUGCUAACCUUUUCUUUGGAUCCUCCGCCAAGUCAUUUCGAGGCGAGCAAAGGAUCUGAGUUUCACCCGCAGUACAUGGAAAGUGUGGUGAAGUAUUCCAUUUCCAUGGGCAUAGGAGGGAGAAUGGGUAUGGGUCUAGUUGUCGGAUUUCCAGUUAGUCCCGGGUUUAAGCUUGGAAAUGGAUCGGUUGUUAAGGCUAGAGUUUAUUUAGUCCCCAAAAAUGGGUUUUAAGUUUUGUGGGAUGGACAUAAUAGUCCAUACACAACUUGCCUUGAAUAUGUAUUAGGUAUAGUAGUUGGUAUCACGGUCUGUUGUAUGGGUUGUAAUGUUUACAUUUGUAGGCUUUAGGGGCUCAGUUUAAAUAAGUGAUGAUGAUUGUAAGUACUGUCUUCUUUUGUAGGCAGUAUAAUUGUACUUGGAAGGAGAAAAUCUUAGUUAGUAGUCUAAUGUG